UGUCUGAGCAUACAAGGUGAAGUCUCCUGUUGGGAUUCAUGCUCAGGCAAAGAGCGGGCUUGAAUGGAAUCCUGUAGCUGUGAGUCUGUACGGUAUACUCAGGGAUAUUUGACUUUUUGGAAAUAACAAUUGGAAAAACUUGAGAGUAUACAAUGGAGACAAGUAAUGACGCCACAAAAAUUCUUGAAAAGGGUCCGGAAUACCUUCGGAAGCAAAUGGAACUGGAGAAUGAGACAAAGGGACGUAUGAGUGCCGUGGAGAGGCUUGCUGCUAGUAAACCAAAGUACGUCAAAAGUCAGCAAGUGGUCAACUCUACCCAGGAGCCAGUGAUCAGUCUUGGUUCAGCGUCUGUGAGUAGCACCGGGUCUUCAAGCCAAAGCAUAAACCGCAAUGAAAAUUGUGUCUCUCGGAGUACCUCAUCAGUACAUAAAGAUGUUCCACAACUCUGUGUACCGGAACAACUAAAUCGGCCCACUGGCAAAAAAAGACCAGACUCUAUUCUGCUUUACAGACAGAAAUGUGACUUACUUCGAGGAUCAACACUCAAGAACCGAAGGCACCCCAUAACUAGAAAGCUGCCACUCAAUUCUGGGGAUAAACAUGUCCCUGUGCUUCUGGCUGCUGACAGGAAACAUGAUCAUGAUGGCAGCAAAGAAAAAAUCAGCACACCUGAGGGAAAAGCAAAGGAAUGUAUCAUCGGUGUAGUUAUUUCUCAGUCAGAGAAAAAGUCUAAUGGAGCAACAGAGGACAACAAUGAAAAGCCAACAGCUGGUGGUCUGCUUGCAGUUCCUGAGAUUGAGAUGAGGACUGGCAAGGGAGUGAGCCGUUCCCACUCAGAUAUCAGCUCAAGAUACUCUAAAAAUUUUGCAGACUUUGAUGCAUUUUUCAAGUACUGCGGCCUGGACGGUGAGGUGAUUGAGACCUUGGGGAGGGAGAACUUCUCGGCUCGCUCUGAUGAGAUUGUGAUAAACAUUCGGAGCGCCAGCAUCUCCACAUCUGAUGAUGGCUUCUCAAGGGAUAGCAGUGACAGCAAUGGGCUUCUUGAGAACGAGCUGCACAAAACAGUACAGCAAGGCACAUCAGUAAUUGAGCGCAAUGCGCGUGUCAUCAAAUGGCUGUACAGCUGCAAAAACGCUGCGGAUGCUGGCAAGAAGUUACGGGACCUUGACUGAAUGAUGCAUAAAAGUUACAGAUUUUUUGGUGGAGACUGAAAUGAUUGUGACUGACUUCCAGUUCUUGCAUUCUUGACAGUAAAUAUCACCAACUGAUGGAUUCAAGACUGUGGGAACGUGUGUUGCUGCCAGGUUGUCCAAAAUUGUAUCUUGAGAACAAUGUGACAGAGAUAUGUGAAAACAUAUAUUGAGUUGGAGAUGUUGUGCAAACGUUUUUCUGUCAUGAGAUUAAUUCAAAUGAAAAUUUUGCAAACUAUAGCUAUAUUCAACAGUUGUGAGAAUUACUUUAUUAUAUCACAGGGAAGACUCGAGCUAUGGAAAAGUAUAGGGCUUUUGGACUUUGGCUUUUCCAAAGUCCAAACUCAGCUGUGAUUUAGAGUAAUUACCCUGUAUCUUGUCAUAAUCCUCAAAUAAACUAUAUAAUAUAUUUAAAAUAUGUGUGAAGUUUUGACAAACUGUAGUGCAUAACCUCAAAUGAAAUUUCAUUCUGACAAUCAUACAUUUUAGUAUUAAAUUUGAAGCAUUAAUAUGUCAUUUAUCAUCGAAACUAGUUAUGUUUUUUCCACCAAUGAUUUAAAAAACUAAUGGUAUUGGAAAUUGGUAUGAGUAAUUACAUAAAGAUGAAAGGCUUUUUGCAUUUGUGAGUUUUGCUGGAAACAUCUAAGCAUAAUGUUCAUAAUUUCUGGAUUUUCAGAAUAACUCAAACAUGAAAGGGGACUAAAAUAACAGUUUACGUAGCGUACUUUUAAGAUUCAUAGUCUGACAAGUGCACUCCUCAUUGUUCCUCAAGUGAAAGGUAUGCAGUCUAUCCUGAACACACACAGAUAAAAGAAAGACAAAUAAUGUCAGUCUGUAAGACAAGCUGCUUUCUUACAUGUCACUUAAGUAGCAACAAUUAAACAAGGUAAUUUAAUUUAAGUCUAAGAAAGUGGAAAAAAAAAAAACAGGAAAGAAGUGAUAAUAUCCUUAGACAAGCUGUCAGCUGGACCCUUAAGAUCUGGGUGAGAAGAAUGUGGCUGGUAAUCUGAUGGGCUUAUGUCCAGUGACCCGUUGAAACUGUAUCUCUACCCACCUCCCAGUCUUCGCCUGCUUUGUCUCUUCAACACACACCUCUUCCCCCCAUUUUCUGUAUCCUUUCCAAGUUUGCUCCAGUUUGUUUGAACCUCAGAGAGUGUAAUUGAAGAUGAAAAAGAAAACAUAACAGAUUGACCAGGGGCUCAAGAAACAUUAACCAACAGUUUUUUUUCUAUUAAUUUGGAAAGUUAUGACACUAAUAUUUCAUGGCCAUGAAAGUAUGUUCUGACUACUUCACAGUUGUAAAAAUAUAUUUCACUAACUUUAAAGCUAUGCCACAACAAAUCACUUCCUGCCAUCUUUACUUGUCAGCUGCCAGGUCUUAAAGUUAGUUGAAAAACCGAUCCAUUAAUACCUUAGUGGUAUUAUGAUUUUUACCACAGCCUGACCUUAAUCCUUCCUCAAAUCAAAGUUAAACCACCAUUCCUUAAUCUUUUUAUCCAGAAUGUGUAACAUUCAAACAAAGCAAUUAAUUACUUACUUCCCAACUAGUGUGCUACAUGUGAUUUAAAAAAUCCAUUAAUGACACAGUAGAAUAAUUGACCUUGUUGGUGGCAGCAAGUUUAAAACAAGCGAGGAGAAUGGUUUUAUGAACUCUAUUUAUAUCUUUAUGAACAUGAAUUUUUUUUAAUGUUGCUCACAGAACAAAAUUUUCUCUAUAAACAUAUACAAAAGUUGAGCUAGAAAUAGUGAGGGAGAAUGAUCAGUAAAGAUGCUUGAUUGUAGGUAAAGUACCUGUUAACAUACAGUAUCUGUUAAAAUCUAAAUAAAACAUGACAAAAAUAGUGGAUUACAAUCUUCCUGAAGUGGCCUGCAAUUUUCCAAUUGAGUCUGAAAAGACUCUAACAACAAAACCCAUCCUUUUACCAUAAUACUGCUGCUCCCAUGUUUCAAAACAUGGGGCAAUGUGCAAUCAUUCUCUUUUUUCAUACAAAAGAGAAUGGUCCAAAACAUUGUUCUGGUCUCAACCAAGAGAGAAGACCUCUUCCUCAUAGCUGCUUUGUCUUUACUACUUUUUUAAAAGUUUAAGUGGGAUUUUUUAUGUCUUUCUUCUUGUCACUCUUCCAUGACGGCUUUUUUGAUGCAGUGGAAAAUAAACAGCUGGGGCUUUUUAUGUUAAGGCUGAGGGGUUGCAGAUCCUACAGCCUUAACAUUGGUCUCUUGGCUACUUUUCUGAUUUAUUUUCAGAUUAUUGAUUGAACUCUGCUUUGUCAUGUGUUUAAGUUUUAUUGCCUGAACCUUCUUUAAAGCUCUUUACAAUGUUACUCUUGUCCUGGUGGUUGAACUCCCUGAUCUUCAUUAUGUUGUUUAUUUACUGAUGUUCUCUAAUUCAUUUCUGAGCCCUUUAUGAAACUAUUUAAAAGGAGAAAUUUUACAUAGGUGGACUAGUUUACUUGUUAGGUACUUUUAGAAGGCAGUUGGUUUAUCUGUGUUUUGUUUUAUUAGGAUGUUAGAGUAAAAGAAAGUAAAAAUAUAAGAACACCAAAUGGUUUCUUUUUUUCAUUGUUCUUUUCUCAUCAUUUACCAAUAGAUUACCAAUAAAAUACAUUCAAGUCUGUUUUGUAACAUGAUAAAGCCAGAAGGAAGGGACUUUUUAUGUAAUGCAUAUCUGUGAUUCUGAAGACAUACUGUCUUUUAAUUACAUGUGGAAAAAAAUGCAUAAAUAAAGUUCUUUUAUCCAAGAU